AUAAUCGCAUAUCAGCCGUAUGGACGAUCUGUAGACUGGUGGGCGUAUGGAGUUCUGCUCUAUGAGAUGCUGGCUGGACAGCCUCCGUUUGAUGGUGAGGAUGAAGAUGAGCUGUUUCAGUCCAUUAUGGAGCACAACGUGUCCUACUCAAAGUCUAUGUCUAAGGAAGCUGUCUCCAUCUGCAAAGGG